UCAUACAUAUAAAUAUAUGUACAUUAUUGUACAAUGUCGUUAUGCUAUUCUUCGCCCCACCCUUGUUUUUCGUAUAGCAAUGCUGCACACCUUGAUUUCGUGCAUUACGUACCUUUUCACCUUACGGAUAUGAGAUAGGUCAUAUUACAACAGUGAAAAUGAGCUCACAAGAUACAACUGACCAUGUGUCAGCAAUUAAUUCACCUAAUAUAUCUUCAAGAACAAAAAAUUGGGUCCAAUUUGAAGAUGAAGCACCUUCUAAAGAUAAUAAUAGUAUAGAAGAAAAAGUUAAAAUAAAUGCGCCAGCUGUAAUAAAACCAGAAUCAAUAACAGUAAAUGUUGAGAAAAUUGGAAAAUCUGUUGAUAAGUCAGAUAAUCAACAAACAAAAAAUCAUGAAUAUAAAGGUGCUGUGAUAUCAACUGAAUCCGUCCAGAUUAACUUAGAUAGGUCAGGUUUAAGCCGUUCUAUUACAUCUGGAAGUCCAGAUCUAAAUUUACCAUCUGAAGUAAGAGUUUCUGAUCCUAAAAGUGCUUCUUUGAAGACUAUUGAUCUCCGAGACAUAUCUAAUGGCAGAAGUACUACCAAUAAUAUUAUAAGUACACCUAUUGGAAACAUUAGACAAGGUUUUGCUAAUGGAGAUACUAUAGUUACUCUUUUACCAGUUAACACUAGAUGGCCAUGGAUUACUCCAGCUAAAUUUCGUCCAGAAUUAGUACCAGAAGAAUUAAUGGCUCAAGGUUUAACGCUUACAGUAGAGGACUACGUACAUAUAAUGGAACUGCUUGUAAACGAUGUACGUUUUAAUAUGUACAAUGUAUGCUACAAAAGGAUUCUUGUCCUUUGGAUAUUUACUGCAUUUAUUGUAUUGCUUGGCUUAUUGUUUUCCGGAGUAACUGGUCUUACUUUAUUUGGACUUGGUGUCAUGUGGUUAGUCCUCAAUGCUGCUGCAAUAUUUUUUUGCAUGUUCAUCAAGAUAAAAUUAAAUCACAAUCUUGAAAAAUGUAUGGGUCAAGUGAACAAGCAUUUACUUCGGCAUAAGAUAUUGCUUGGAUUAGACGAUAGGGGGAAGAUUUCAUGUCACAAAGUCAAUCUGUGCUUCAUAUACUUUGAUACAACAGAUUGUAUUAAAAAGUUACAAGAAGUUAUAGAACGUGAAGAACGUGAAGGAAGAGUAAUUGGUGAAGAUGGAAAUUCUGAAAUGCGUCGAAAAAGAGAAUUGCAACAGCGAAUGGAUAUAGAUGAUAGUGAUAUUGUAAUACAAGGCAAUACAACCACCAGAAUUUCUCGUAAACAGGAACGGGCGGAGUUGCUGUUGCUGAGGUAUGCAUCUCGAUGGGCACAUCACUUUGUGCGCCGCAGACUUGAUCUGGUUAUAGACUCACAGGAACGUAAUAGAGACAUCGCAGGUUUAUCUGUACCACCACGACAUUGUGUCUCCGCCCGUUGUCCUUGUCAAUUCAUCGAGGACCAUCUUAAAUACAAGCCUAGAGGGUAUCCACCUGGCUUUACAUGGUGUGCUUAUCUUAAUGAUCCAUUAGUUAGAUAUGAUAUUUCUACAGGUAUAUCUAAUUAACAAUGUCAAUCAGUGAAUUAUGCACAAUAAUAUUCAUUAAGGUAUUUGUGAAGAAGUCACAUUAAUAUCUAUUAUUCUACUUUCUGAAUGAUUGUUAGUAUAUUUGAAACAUAAGCACAACAAAGUUCAUAUCAUAGUAAUCUUGAAAAUCAGUUACAAAAAGUAUUCU